AUCCUGAAUGUGUUAGAAGGGAGGUGCUCCAAUCUCAUUCAGUCCGACAGCUUAUUCUAGAAAAACCCUCAAUGUACUUGUUUUGUUUUCCUUUCAGCGCUUUCUCAAUAGCGAACGUUUUGUUCCAUGUAACCCAGACGUCUGUAUUCUUGGACUGACUAUUUUGGUCGUUGCGUAUUUUAUGUUAAAAUUAAAUUGAGAGGAAGCAAAAAGGGACAUACGCAGCAGUAUUUUAAGCUAGGUGUUUGAAGCUUGUCAUACAGAGAAACAUGCCACUGGGUUCGGAUAAACCAGGCUGCAGUGAGGAGGACAAGUUGAGUGAUUCCAGCGAGAGCAGGAACAGAGCUGAUACCUCAGAGCAGGCAUUAGGGAUUAGACAGCGCACCCCCAGCCCUCACCGAGGGAACACUCCACAGUCUAGUCCUAGGUUUGCGUCAGUAGAAGAGCUGAUGGAGACGGCUAAAGGAGUCUCUAACAUGGCACUGGCGCAUGAGAUUGUGGUGAGCGACGGAUUCCGGCUGAAACCUUCAGACCCAGCUGAAGGCAGUUUAGAAAAAAGAGUACAAGACAUUGUGCACAAGGCAUUCUGGGAUUGCUUAGAAGUCCAGCUGGGGGAAGAUCCUCCGGCAUAUGACCAUGCGAUUAAACUGCUGGGAGAAAUUAAAGAGACUCUUCUGUCGUUCCUGCUGCCUGGCCACAGCAGACUGAGAAAUCAGAUUAAUGAGGUUGUGGAUCUGGAUCUGAUAAAACAGGAGGCAGAGAACGGAGCGCUGGAUAUUAACAAAGUAGUGGAAUUUAUUAUUGGCAUGAUGGGAACGCUGUGCGCCCCGGCGCGGGACGAAGAAAUUAGGAAGCUCCGGGACAUCACAGCAAUCGUUCCACUGUUCAAGGCCAUAUUUUCAGUGCUGGAUUUAAUGAAGAUUGAUAUGGCUAAUUUUGCUGUAAGCAGCAUUAGACCACAUCUGAUGCAGCAGUCUGUUGAAUAUGAGAGAACAAAAUUCCAGGAAUUCAUUGAAAAACAACAUAAUGCCUUGGAUUUUACCCAAAGAUGGUUAGAAGCAGCAGCAAACAGUCUUGUAAACUCAGGAACAGAAGCCACGCUUGCCCCCCCUGGUGCAGCGGCCUCUGCUGGUCCUGCAUUAUGUCCUCUCACGGUACACAACCAUGCCUACAUGAGUCUGCUUAGAUGGAACCACAAACACACACCUUUCCCUGAAACUAUGUUAAUGGAUCAGAGCCGCUUUGAAGAAAUGCAGAUGGCACUGGAACAGCUGACCAUAGUUGCAGCAGUGCUGCUGAUCGCGUACAACGUCACCGGGGCUGCAUUAUCAGGUCUUCCAGGGUUUGCAGACAAACUGAAGGGGAUUGUGAACGUGCUGCUGGCAGGCAUGCACCUUCCCUCCUUCAAUAUGAAUGAAACCUUGGCUACUAUUGGUGAAAAACUCUGUGUUGAGGUUAACAGCUGCCUGUCCCAGCAUGGAUUCACUCAACUUUCUGCUGACAAAGCUUCUGUUCUGAAAGGGCAGACCCAAGCUGUGACAAAACCAGAUAACUCAAUACGCAAACUCAUAGAUUCUCGCAUACAGACCUUCCUCUUGUCUUACCUUGACUCAAGCCAUCACAAGUCAAGUCCAGUUAUCCCAGGUGGUCUUGUGCCAAUUCAGAAAGAACUGGAGGAAAUAGCUGUCAAAUUCAGCCGCCUUGUGAACUACAAUAAGAUGGUCUUCGCACCUCAAUAUGAGAAAAUUCUUAAAGAGAUCCUCAGUAAGGACGAGUCUCAUUCAACGGGAAAAUCUGCAGGACAAGGAUGAAUAGUAAAACUGGGUCACUCGGCCUGCCAAUCUAACAGUUUGGGGAAUUUUCAAUUUCACAGCAGGACUAAAAAGCAAAUUAGGCAAAUGUUUCAACAAGAAGUCUUUGUCAAAUUACUUCUUGUUACAACAAAACCUUCCUGUUGAAACAAUGUUUUUGGUUCAUUUUUGUUUCUGUACUCUUGUGCAUUUUCAGUUUGAAAACCCUGAGAAUGAAACAUUUUACCAACAAUAGUUAGAUUGUACUUUAAGUUAUUGUCUGUGCCAGAGAUCAUUUGAACUAGUUAUCCUAAACAACCAUAAACUUAGACUGAACUGUAAAAAGUGCUUAACAUCUCUCUGGGUAUUAAACAUUAUGAUGUGGUUUGGUUUUCUUUGCAGAAUUAAAAGUACUGUGCAUUAUACUGUAGAAUAGCUGAAAGGGUAUAAUUCGGAUUUCUGUUUUUUGGUUUUCAGUGGUUAUUUUUAGCUAUUUGAGUUUUAUGUAAAUCUAUUUUUUUCAGGGCUUUCG